AAUUCUAUGUUGAUGAACAAAAAUAUCCAGAUCUUUUUGGGUAUCUGUUUAUUCCUUUAAAUAAGUGCAAUUAGUUCCAAUGCACACCAGAUUAUUACUAGGUGGGAUCCCAUGAGUUGGGGUGUCAUUCGUUUCAAAACAAAAGGAAUGGAUAAAGCUAACUAGGAACUAGUAAGUCUACCUUCGGGCAAAAACAACCUCAUUCAACAGCCUCUCUCUCACCAAAAAGUAAGGCAUUGGUUUUGUUGGAAAGCUGUCAUUUCCUGGGCUUAUAUGGUGCCUUCUUAGUUCUUACUGUGUGUGACAUGUAUAUCAGAGCUUGAGAUUGUGGCUUCCUCUGCGUCAUCUUCAGCUUUCUCGGCCCUCUCUUCUCUGUUCCAAGCACUCACAGAGUCACAGAAAUCAGCAAUUAAGGAAUAGUUCCAUCAAGCUUUAGCUCAAGUGGCACCUUCUCCCCUUGUAAGAGCAAAGUUGAGGGUGAGAUGCACUGAUACUUCAAACUUUUGAAGUAUGACGGUUAGAAGCUAUGCUGGCAUCACAAAACCUGGUUUUUGGCUUGUACAUUCAGAGUUACCUGUUCUUACUCUCCUUAAACCCAAGUUAUCUUCCUUAUCAAUUCUAAAGGUACUGGGUGACCACAAGAGAGGAAUAGGGUUAAUUACAAAAUGUCAGUACUCUGUAGCUGAUAGAACAUUUGCAUCGGGUUCUGUGGGUUCAUCAAAGUCCAAGCCAGAUGCUGUUCGUUUGGGUCGGAAACAAGGAGGUUCCUCAUCCCUAUAUAGUCGUCCUAGUUUAUCAGAAAUGAGGAAUGAGAAAGCAGCAAAUCGUGCCAGGGUUUAUGAGUUCUUGAGGGGAAUUGGCAUCGUUCCUGAUGAGCUUGAUGGUUUGGAGCUUCCUGUGACAGCUGAGGUUAUGAGGGAGCGUGUGGAUUUUCUUCACACAUUAGGGCUUACAAUUGAAGACAUUAACAACUAUCCACUUGUUCUUGGCUGCAGUGUAAAGAAAAAUAUGAUUCCUGUUCUCGAUUAUCUUGGAAAAUUGGGAGUUAGGAAAUCCACUUUCACUGAGUUCUUGAGAAGAUAUCCACAAGUUCUCCAUGCUAGUGUUGUUGUUGACCUUGCUCCAGUGGUCAAGUAUCUUCAAGGAAUGGAUAUCAAGCCCACUGAUAUUCCUCGGGUUCUUGAGAGAUAUCCAGAAGUGUUGGGAUUCAAGCUUGAGGGGACCAUGAGUACAUCAGUGGCAUAUUUGGUUGGAAUUGGGGUGGCAAGAAGAGAAAUUGGAGGGGUAUUAACUAGAUACCCUGAGAUUUUAGGCAUGCGUGUUGGCAGGGUAAUUAAACCUUUUGUGGAGUACCUGGAGAGCUUGGGCAUUCCAAGAUUGGCUGUGGCUAGACUGAUAGAGAAGCGGCCUCACAUCCUGGGUUUUGGAUUGAAGGAGAGGGUAAAACCCAAUGUUGAAUUUCUUUUGGAGUUUCAUGUUAGAAAAACAUUACUUCCUUCUGUAGUAGCACAGUAUCCUGAGAUUAUAGGACUUGACUUGAAGCCAAAGCUUCUCAGUCAACAGAGUUUGUUUAAUUCAAUUAUUGAUAUUGGUCCUGAGGAUUUUGGCAGAGUUGUUGAGAAGAUGCCACAGGUUAUUAGCCUCAGUAAAGCACCUGUGAUAAAGCAUGUGGAUUUUCUAAAGAAUUGUGGAUUCUCCUUGCAACAAGUGAGGAAGAUGGUCGUGGGGUGUCCCCAAUUGCUUGCUUUGAAUCUCGACAUUAUGAAACUUAACUUUGAUUACUUCCAAAUGGUGAUGAAAAGGCCUUUGGAUGACUUGGUUAUUUUCCCUGCAUUCUUUACUUAUGGCCUGGAGUCUACCAUAAAACCAAGGCAUAGGAUAAUUGCCAAGAAGGGCUUAAAGUGUUCUCUUGCAUGGCUUCUUAAUUGCUCUGAUAACAAGUUUGAGGAGCGGUUGAGCUAUGAUACUAUUGACAUGGAGGAGAUGGAAACGGAGCCAUCAUUUGAUAUGAAUACACUAAUGGAACCAAGGAGCAGUGAGUCAGCUUCUGAUUAUGAUGAGGACAGUGAUGAUGAUUAUGUAUAAAAAUCAGGAGUCAGCUUCAGCCAAUGGUCUGCGGUGGAAUAUCUAGGCUUUUCUCAUGCUGGAUCUUCGAGUAGACAGUUUAGAUGCAAUAGUUAAAUGGUAAAAUUUUUUAUCUGUGUACUUACAUGUAAUGGAUCAGUCUGGUGAUUACAUUUUCUUUUUUGGUCCUUUUUUAAGGCUGUUGUCUAAAUAUGCUGUCUGAGGCCUGGCAUAUAGACACUUGGUAAAGCAUAACCGAUAUAGUUAACUCUCAGUGCUUGAAAACUGAUAA